AUGGAUCAGGCUACUAAGAUUGAAGUGGCUCAGGUGGAUCUGGACUGGCAACGACUUAAAUUAUUACUGGAAGUGACGGGUAUUAUGCCAGGUACAAGGGAGGAGUGUCUCAUUGCACUGAAGAAUGGACACUUGGUGUCCAUCUCACCAGGUGGAGUUAGAGAAGCACUAUUCAGUGACGAAAGUUAUCAACUCAUGUGGGGAAAUCGAAAAGGCUUUGCUCAGGUUGCUCUAGAUGCAAAAGUGUUUAUUGCAGGACUUAAAUUAUUACUGGAAGUGACGGGUAUUAUGCCAGGUACAAGGGAGGAGUGUCUCAUUGCACUGAAGAAUGGACACUUGGUGUCCAUCUCACCAGGUGGAGUUAGAGAAGCACUAUUCAGUGACGAAAGUUAUCAACUCAUGUGGGGAAAUCGAAAAGGCUUUGCUCAGGUUGCUCUAGAUGCAAAAGUGCCCAUCAUUCCAAUGUAUACUCAAAAUGUCCGGGAAGGAUAUAGGAUGCUUAAAGAAAGAAAUUGUGCCUUUCAGACUUCUGCUUACUUUGGAUUCUCUAACACACUUGCUGUGGAAUUUUUUAGACAGUUGUAUGAAAGUACUCGAUUGCCGUUUACUCCUCCAUACGGAGGAUUGCCAGUUAAAUUUCGCACAUAUAUUGGGGAGCCAAUCCCUUACGAUCCGAAUAUAACUACAGAGGAAUUAGUUGAAAAGACAAGGACUGCUGUCGAGGCUCUCAUAAGCAAGCACCAAACAAUCCCAGGCAGCAUAUGGAAGGCUUUACUGGAGCGAUUUGACAAACGUCGUAAAAGUGAUUAG